AGAUACGGCCGUCGAGUAAUUUUGAGCUCUAGUUAUUUCUGUAUAGUUGAUAUCUAAUGCACAUGUUAUCUAUUUAUAGCAGAUAGCUUAUCAGUCAGUGCGGGAAGACAUCAUGGCUCUCCCACACACCUCAAACUGGGUCAACGGUGCCUUCACCCCUCCAACUCCCAACCUCAUCACCAUCAUCAACCCUGCAACCGAAUCUCCCAUCGCCACCAUCGACGCGACCCCCCAAGAAACAGUCACCACCAUCAUCGCAGACAGUUUCACCACCUUCAACACGGGAUCCUGGUCUCGCGCAGAUGCAUCAACACGCUUCCAAGUCCUCUCAUCCGCCGCGAACCUUUUACGCUCCCGCAUCCCCGAACUCACCCACCUCGAAACCCAACAAACCGGCCGCCCAAUCCGGGAGAUGAAAGCCCAGCUCGCGCGAGUUCCGGAAUGGCUGGAGUAUUUUGCAUCACUUGCGCGCGUGCACGAGGGGCGCGUCACGCCGUUUAAAGGGCCGGUGGUGAAUACACUUACCCGGCUCCCGCUGGGUGUUGUUGCACAGAUCACGCCGUUUAAUCAUCCGUUGCUGAUGGCGACGAAGAAGAUCGGGGCGGCGUUGGCGGCGGGGAAUGUGGUGAUUGUGAAGCCGUCCGAGUUGGCACCGUUGUCUGUCCUUCAGCUUGGUCCGUUGUUCAAAGAGGCUGGAUUGCCGGAUGGUGUGUUGCAGAUUAUCUGUGGGUAUGGAUAUGAGACGGGGAAGUAUCUGUGUGAGAGUCCGCAUAUAGCCAAGGUGGAUUUAACUGGUGGACUGGCGACGUACAAGGCCAUUGCAUCCGUGGCGGCAGCGAAUAUGAUUCCCAUCACGGCUGAACUGGGCGGAAAAGCCCCUGUGUGUCUAUUUCCCAGUCUGGACGUUAAACACGCUGUACAGGCUGCCCUGUUUGCCAGUUUUAUCGCGAGUGGACAGACAUGCGUCACUGGGAGUCGACUGCUCGUCCACGCAGACAUAUACGACGACUUCACGGCUCUCCUCCAGCAACGCGUCGCAGCACUCCGAGUCGGUGAUCCAACCGACGAACGCACGCAAAUCGGUUCCGUCAUCUCAAAGACAGCAGUCGAAAGAUGCACAGCCUUUGUCCAAAAAUCCAUCCAAGAAGGCGGCAAGAUCCUCUGCGGCGGCAACGCAAUCCAAGGAAAAGGCUUCUUUUUCGAACCCACCAUCAUCGAAACAACACAUGGUACAGACCUCGCCACCAACGAAGUCUUUGGCCCCGUCAUCGCCCUUAUCAAAUGUUCUUCCGAAGAAGAAAUCAUCAACCUCGCGAACGGGACUCCAUACGCGCUAGGAGCGUCAGUCUGGUCCAACGAUCUCACGCAAGCUCAUCGGGUUGCCGCGCAAAUCGAAGCGGGCAUUGUCUGGAUCAACGGACAUCAUCUGAAUGACCCCUCAUCACCGUGGGGAGGGUUCAAGCAGAGUGGGCUUGGAAAGGAGAAUGGACAGGAGGCGUAUGAGAGCUAUACCAAGGUGAAGAGUACGGUUGUUAACUAUGGGGUGGCGCCGGUGUGGUUUGAUGAUGAGGUUGAUGCGCGAUAUGGAUAAUAGACUGGAUUAUAUAGCUACACAAUACCACUGCUUAGGCUCAUGCGUAAGAUGACGAGAAGUACCAUACAUCUAUCCACAACAUAUCCAUCGUAAGAGAAACCACGCACCCUAUCCAUAGGCGAUCAG